AUGUCUUCACCAGAUGUUUCUUUAUCUCGGGCAUCUCAGAAUUUGUCUGAAGAAUUUGCUGAGGCUGCACGACAGGUUAAAAAAGAAGCUCCAAGAAUCCAGUUUGGCAAAAUUGAUGUCACACACCAACAUGAUUUGAGAAAAGAAUUUAAUAUUCAAGAGUUUCCUACUGUGAAAUUUUUUGUGGAUGGCAGCAGGGAAGAACCCAUAGACUGCAAAGGAGUCAGACAGGCUUCAGCCUUUAUUACAUGGGUGAAAAGAAGAACAGGACCUUGCACUGUUUUAAUCAACUCUACUGAUCAGGCUGAAGCCAUCAUACAUGCUGAUGAUUUGGCAGUAAUUGGCUUUUUUAAGGAACUUCACAAUGACAGUGUGGAAGUUUUCUGUGAGACAGCAAGAGAUGUGCCAGAGAUGCCUUUUGGGAUGACAGCCAGUGAGGACGUCUGUGCUAACUACGGCAUCCAAAAGAAUGCCCUUGUUGUGUUUAAAAAGGGAAAACCUGUGCAUAAUGAAGUGCUUGAAGAUGGCAGACAGAACAAACUGGAUCUAACGAGGCUAAUCAAAACCUUUACCUUGGAUUUGGUCACUGAAUAUAAUUUUGAGAGUGGCACAGAUGUUGAAUCUUUUGCUUCCCAGACAUCUGUGAAGAUUUUUGAUGUCCCUGUUGAAAAUCACAUCCUGCUGUUCACCCCAACGAACUCGGAGACAUUCAAUGUGAUUUAUGAAAACUACAAGUCUGCUGCUGCGGAAUUUAGAGGAAAGAUAAUGUUUGUCUUGGUGGAUACUAAUGAAACAAGGAAUGGACGAGUUUUUGAGUAUUUUCGCAUCAGGGAAGUUGACGUUCCUGCUGUGAGAAUCCUAAAUCUAACAAGUGAUGCAAAGUACAAAAUGCCUGCAGAUGAGGUGACUGUGGAGAACCUGAAAGAAUUUUGCCAAAGCUACCUAAAUGGAAAAGCAAAGGUACAUCUCUCUAGUGAAGAAAUUCCAGACGACUGGGACAAGAUGCCUGUCAAAGCGCUUGUUGGGAAGAAUUUUGACAGGAUUGUCUUCAACAAGACCAUGACUGUGUUUGUUAUGUUUUAUGCCUCUUGGUCCUAUGACUGCAGAAAACUCCUGCCAAUCUGGGAUAAGCUAGGAGAGCAAUAUGAAAGUCACAAAGACAUUAUCAUUGCAAAGAUAGAUGUCACAGCAAAUGACAUCCUGUCUGUUGGAUUAGAUCGCUAUCCGUUCUUCAGACUCUUUCCUGCUGGACCAGAUUAUCAGGUGGCCUAUACUGGGGAGCAUACCUUGGAGGCAUUUUCUGAAUUUUUAGAAGAACAAAGCAAGACAAAAGCAGAACCAGGAGCGAAGGAUCCUUCAGAAGGAAUCAAAGAGGAUCUCAGCCAAAAAGAGACUGUAGUAACAGCGAAAGAAGAACUUUAA